AUGAAUUGCACUCCACAGCACGCACUCAAGCCCUCGCUUUCCGAGGUUCAGUCUGCCCUUCUCUCACCCAAUGCCACUGGCAACAUCAUCCCUGUCUACACUUCACUUCCCUCCGACCUCUUGACACCUGUCACUGCCUAUCUGAAGCUCUCUAGUGGUGCCGACACAUCACGUCGUUCCUUCCUGUUCGAGUCCGUCACUGGCGGUGAAAAGAUCGGCCGCUACUCGUUCAUCGGCUCUGACCCUCUCAAAAUCAUUCGUACUGGUCCCGGUCUCGAUGCUGAAGGAGACCCGCUUCUCGCCAUCGAGAAAGAGUUGAGCCCAUACAAGUACAUUCCAGUUCAGGGUCUUCCUACGUUCACCGGUGGCGCCAUCGGGUAUAUCAGCUACGAUUGCGUCCAGUACUUCGAGCCAAGAACUAAGCGCGAUCUCAAAGAUGUCCUCGGUAUCCCGGAGAGUGUCUUUAUGGUCGCCGACUCUCUUAUUGUCUUCGAUCACGUCUUCAGUACUCUUCGCUGCGUUAGCCACGUCCACCUUUCCGCCGAGCUCGCAAAGGAUUCUACUCCUGCAGAUGUCGAGGCGUUGUAUAACAAGGCGAGCGAAAAGGUCAACAACCUAAUCAAGACCCUCACUUCUGCCGUCACACCCUUGCCUCAGCAACCAGCCAUCUUGACCGGGCAGGAAGCAGUCUCCAACGUUGGCAAAGCCGGGUACGAAGGCUUCGUCACCUCACUCCGCAAAAACAUCGUCAAAGGAGACAUUAUCCAAGCUGUCCCCUCCCAACGCCUUACACGUCGCACAACACUCCACGCCUUCAAUUGCUACCGUCACUUACGCCAGGUCAACCCUUCCCCAUACAUGUUCUACGUUGAUUGCGGUGACUGCCAACUCGUCGGAGCAUCCCCCGAGACACUCUGCAAGAUCGAAGCAGGCAAAGUCGCAGUUCACGCUAUCGCAGGUACCGUCAAGCGUGGCGCUAACGACGCAGAGGACGAAGAACUAGCACACCAACUCGCUAGCAGUGUCAAGGACCAAGCGGAACACGUCAUGCUUGUCGACUUGGCCCGAAACGAUAUCAAUCGUGUUUGCGACCCUUCCACUACCCAAGUCGAGUCUUUUAUGAAGGUAGAGAAGUUCUCUCAUGUUAUGCAUCUCACGUCUAGGAUCACGGGGCAAUUGCGAGAGGGUAAGUCGCGCUUUGAUGCGCUGCGAUCUAUUUUCCCAGCAGGCACAGUAUCUGGUGCGCCCAAGAUCCGCGCGAUUGAAUUGGUGAGCGAGCUGGAGAAGGAGAAGAGAGGUGUCUACGCUGGUGCAGUAGGAAGGAUUGAUUUUGCGGAUCAAGAGAUGGAUGUGUGUAUUGCGAUUAGGACGAUGACGUUCAAGGGUGGGUAUGCGUAUUUGCAGGCCGGUGGUGGUAUCGUGUAUGAUAGUGUUGAGGAGGAUGAGUAUGUGGAGACGAUCAACAAGUUGGGUGCUAACAUUAGGUGUAUUGCUCAAGCUGAGGAGUAUUAUUUGGCUCAGGAGGAGGCUGCCCAGGCCUAA